CAUGUACGUAAUUUAAAUUAUCCUCAAGAAGUUAUUGCCUGACAAUAGUCAAUACAAUAAUUAAAACAUCUUAUGGGCAUUAGGAAGUGCGAAAUCAGAAAAUGCAUUUGUCAAAUAUGCAUCUGUGGCCAUCAUCGAUGCUGCGGACACAGGAAAGAAAAAGUUCCUUUUGCCCAAGAUAAAGAGGCUUUUCAAGCAAUAACCGAACACAAAUAUAGAUUCAAACCUUUUGGCUGUCUACCAAGACAACAGCCGAUAAUUCCUUCUGCCGAUGCAAAGUGGAAAGGAGAUGAACCUCUUGUCAAACUAUCAACCACCAAAGAAGAUUAUGUACCUAAACCAAUUUCAAAACGCACUGCCAAGAGACCUAAAGCAUACAAAGAACCUAAAGUUCAAUUCGCUGAUUGCACUACUUAUAGGCACGAUUUCAUACCAAAGAAAUGGCAGCCAAGAAGCUUGAUUAAGAGCGAGGACAGCAGUGAUGCAUUGAAGAUGCCAGGAAAAAUGGAAGGUGCCUCGACUUACAGAACAAGUUACACUCCAAAGCCGUGCUUACAAAGGGAACCAGCUGAAGUGAAGAAGGGAACUUUAACUAUUUUAGGGCAGCCUUUUAAGGGUGAGUCAGAAACUAGAGACCGAUUUCAAGCCCCACCACUUAUUAAACGAGAAAAAAUUUCUCCGAUGAAAGGAGAACUGAAACCAGAUGGAGACUUCAUAGGUGAAACAACCCACAAAACAGAUUACCCACCAAAAUAUGUGAUUCCACCAAAGCCAUUAAAAAAGCUGCCUAAAUGGAAGGCCAGUACAGACAAAUUCCAAGAUUGCACCACACAUAGGCAUGAUUAUAGAUGUCACCCACUGUUUAAAAAGCUGGCUCCUAUAGUCCCUGCAGAGGCUAAAAAAUUCGACGGCCCUUUUGAAGGAGUGUCGCAUUAUAAAAAAGAUUUUCAACCUCAUGAAGUGUUGCCAAGGCAAUUGCCUGACUGGCAUCCUUCGUUUCGAAAGCAACAAAAAUCUGAUGCGCCAAUGUCAAGAGAAACAACAUACAAAACGGAUUAUGAGGCCCCUCCGGAUGAUGUUCCGGCUCAACCAGCAAAACCUCUUAAGGAUAACUUGGGUCUGCCAUGUGGACCGAUGGAGAAGAUGACAACUUCCAGGAGAGAUUACAAGGCACAUCACCCUGUGAAAACUGAAUCAUUUAAACCGGAUCUAGGCUACAAGAAACCAGAAGGACGGUUUUCUGAUUGCACAACCACCAGACAUGAUUAUACUGCUAAAGCAGCAGAAAAAAUACAGAUUUCUAAAAUGGGGGACAACCUUCACUGUGGAGAUGGAGACAUGGAGGACACUAGUAUUUCGAGAAGAGAUUAUCAGUGGACAUGUGUGGAUUGUCCUGCUGGUUACCUUAAAAGAUUUGGAAAAGAUGCUCUCGUACCAAAAUACACUUUCGAUAAGGUGGAAUCUGGGCAUCAAUUCUUUUGUAAAGAGCCCAAAAUUAGCAGAAAGUCAUGUUGAAAAUUAAUAAUCAAGUUUUGCAAUAUUCAUUCACGUAUAAUAAUGAAGA